UGAUUGCGUUUGUCCAAAACCACGUCUGCGUUUAGAUUGUUUAAAAGAGAUAUUUGUUGAAAAAACCCGCGUGAUUAAAAUGUCCAUUAUUACCGUCCAAGUGGAUCUCUAAGAGACCGUACAACUCCACCACGGCGGCGCAAUCACAAUCUCCUGACACGUGUCUCCUUCUCACUCUCUUUUUUUUUUACCUCCCCCGAGUUCCACACCUGGUUGACUCCACCACGACUCAAAGCAGCCAUGACGAUGCCGUGCCGGACCAUUAACGCAAAUGCUAUCGCCGCACCAUCGUCUUCGGGAUUGAUCUUCAACGGGUUUCGAGAUUUUGUACCAAUCGAUAAGAGGCUUGUUAUAUCAAGCUCUCGCGGCUUGAAAUUACCAUUGAGGACAACGAAGACGGUUACGAGCUCUGCUUGGCGUUGGAGUUAUAGGUCUCCGGGAAGAUUGCUCUCUUCGCGCUCUGCGUCUGCGUCUACGUCUGUGGCUGUAACAUCGAAUUCUGCUAAUAGAUUUGAAGUUUUAGAAGAGGGGAUUGAGAAGGUCAUUUAUAGUUGUCGAUUUAUGACGUUUCUUGGAACAUUAGGAUCUUUGCUCGGAUCGGUUCUCUGUUUCAUCAAGGGAUGUAUGUAUGUUGUAGACUCGUUUUUGCAGUAUUCGGUGAAUCGUGGGAAGGUGAUAUUCCUUUUGGUUGAGGCCAUAGAUAUAUAUCUCCUAGGAACUGUGAUGUUGGUAUUUGGACUGGGACUUUACGAGUUGUUCAUUAGCAAUCUCGACACUUCAGAGUCGCGCUCACACGAUAUUGUUUCCAAUAGGUCGAGCCUCUUUGGCAUGUUCACUUUAAAGGAGCGACCUCAAUGGUUAGAGGUGAAAUCGGUAAGCCAGCUGAAAACGAAGUUGGGACAUGUAAUAGUGAUGCUACUAUUGAUUGGUUUGUUUGACAAGAGCAAGAAAAUAGUCAUAACUUCUGUCACGGAUUUGCUAUGUAUCUCUGUUUCUAUCUUUUUUUCUUCUGCUUGUCUCUUCUUGCUCUCUAGGCUCAAUGGGUCACAUUGAGCUAAUGGUUUUGUCCCAAAACAAAAUAAACUUUGUAUGUUGUGUAUGUGUAUAAUGUUUUAGCAAAGUUUCACUUUCUCUUUUGUUCAUA